AUGGGUAGGCGUAAGAUUGCGAUUAAACCUAUCACAGAAGAAAGAAAUAGAUCUGUUACAUUUAUUAAACGUAAAGGAGGAUUAUUCAAAAAGGCACACGAAUUAGCAGUAUUAUGCCAAGUAGAUAUUGCUGUCAUAAUUUUAGGCGCAAAUAGCACUUUUUAUGAAUUUUCUUCCUGUGAUAUUAAAGAAUUAUUAGAGCAUUAUAAAAAUGACAAACAGUUUGCUCAUAUAUCAAAAGAUCCUUCGCAUUUUGGAAAUUAUCCAAACACUUCAGAAUCUCGACAUAAUUCCUUUGUUACAUCUGAAUCAAUAAAUGAUAAUGGUGAUGAUGAUUUUAACAAAGAUGAAAUUGAUGAUGAUGACGCAGAUAAUGAAAAUGAUAGUGAACUUAAUGAUACUGAUAUAUUAAACAAAAAUGAAUUAAUGACCGAUAGCUUGCCACUUUGUCUAACAAAGACUACUACUAAUGAUACGAAUACUGAGAGAAAACGUAAAUUAGAGACUGAUCAAGAGUCCCAACAUUUUUGUCAAAAGUUUUAUAGGACUAAAUUUUUACCAGAUAACUUUGAUAUUGAACCAUGUAAGGAACCAUUGCAUAUUAACAAAGUUAUUCCUAACAUUGACAACAAUAGCAACAAUACUAAUGAAAAUAGCAAUCAACAAAAUAAUACACCUAAUCAUGAGGUGUUGAAAACCUUUAGGGAGAAUACACCUGUAUCCGAAUUUUAUGCUUCUACUAAACAAGCAUUUAAUAAAUAUUAUGUUGACUGUCCUAACUCCUCAUCAAGAGAUAAUGAAACCACACGAUCGAGGAUGCUUUCGUUUGAAUCUAAUGUAUCCAAUAAGACUGAUGGAAACUCAGGUGUAUAUUGUAAUGACAAUUCAACAGAUAAUAUUUGCUUAAUACAAAACAAACAAUCACCAUCUGAAACAAUCGAAUCAUGCUUAGAUUAUUCUAAUAGUGAAGAUAUUAAAAAAGAAAUCCAGUCACCAGUACAUGCUACAGAGUUUCCAAUCAAAGGCUUAAAUGAUACCAAUAACCACAACAAAUCAACUCUAGAUAAAAUAUAUUCUCCUAAAUUAGUUGAAGGUUCAGCGGAUGUGUCAGGUACAGCUAGUCCGUUGCUUAAGGUUGUCUCAACCCCCAGCCACCUUAUACCAACUAAUAAUGAAUUACAGUUAAUUCCAGCAAAUGGUGAAUCUGAAAUGGAUAGGACUAUUGCAGUUGAUUGCGAAUUUCCUAAGUAUCGGAAUUAUCGAGAUGAUAAUAUUAACAUGAUGUUAUCUAAUGUGAAUUCACAACAACAGCUUAAGCAUGAGCUAAAUAUGCGUUCUAAACAUAAUCAAAUUGAUCAUACUGAUUGUAAUGCUGACACUAUUUCUGCUUCUAGGAUGACGACAGGAACAACGAUAACAUCUGAUAAUGCAGAUAGUAUAUUUGACAGUAAUAGAAUUAAUGUCAACCCCACUGACAUUAGAAUAAACCAUAACAACAACAAUAUGACCAAAAAGACAAUUUAUAAAGAGAGCAAAUAUGAGAAUUCGAAUGAAGAUACGAUUUACGAUGGUAAUGCCCAAUUCCACAAGCUAACUAUUCAUGAUCAAAACAGGCCAAUGAAUGAAGGUCGACAGUAUUAUAACUCACAAAUCGAACAAGAGAAUGGUAAUUUGAUGAUUGGUGAUCGGAAUACAGAUUCGUCAGUUCAAGUGUCACCUAAUGUUUCUUAUCAAUUGUCAUUGUUUCAAGAAUGGUUGCAUCAUACUGGUAAUAUUAAAAAUGGAUUAAAUAUUCAAUACUGUAGUAGUAGUAGUCACAAUCAAAACCAUGGCCAUACUAUUCCCAGCACUGUGAGUACUAACACGAAUAAUUAUUGUCAUAAUCAUAACAAUUGUAUACCUGUACCAUCGACUAUGCUAUAUCAAAGUAAUGGUUGUUCAAAUUUCUGUCAUCCUGGUUAUUCGGACUAUUCAUUUGAUUCGAGUCAUUACAACAAUAACAAUAACAAUCCAUCACCAACUAAUUUAUAA